AAAUAAACAAUUACCAAACCGGAUUUUAACCGUAGAUUUAAAUUGGUAUAAAUCCGGCUUAGUGUAAUUUCAUCAAUCGAACAGUUUAUCUCCAGAAUCAAAGAUAAACGGAGGAGAAGAGAGCUUCGUCGUCUUCUUCUUCUUCGCCUCCAUGAAUCUCCUCAAGACGAUUCAUUACCAGUCUACCAUUACUCGAUUUUACCGUUUUGCCCCUACACGCUCCUUUGCUUCUUCUGUGUCACUCUCUCCACAGAGACACAUAAUCUCUCUCGUUUCUAUCUCUAAUCGUGGAAGGUGCUUCGCAUUCUCGAGCGUCUCUGGUGCUUCGCUUUAUAAUAAUCAAGAGGAUGGGAAGAAAGAAGAAUCCGAGAGAAAUUACGCUUCGACGAAGGAAGGAGAUGAAGUGGUUUACCAGAAAACGCUGAGAUUAGUAGAAUGUGCCAUGUUCGCUGCUGUGACAGGCCUCGUUUACUUUCUCAGCAAUUCUCUCGCCAUUGAGAACUACUUUGGGUGUUUCUUCUCACUACCAAUUGUGAUUUCUUCGAUAAGAUGGAACAUUGCAGGUGGCAGGAAGACAAUGGUUGCUACUGUCAUGCUGUUGUUCAUAUUAUCAGGUCCGGUCAAGGCAUUAACUUACUUUCUUACUCAUGGUCUUGUGGGGCUUGCACUGGGAUCAUUGUGGAGUAUGGGGGCAAGCUGGCGUCUCUCGAUUUUCUUGUGCACAAUGGUGAAAUGUCUGCUUCCUGUGAUUACACAGUACACUUAAUAUGUCCUUAUCUCUCCUUGUUUACUUGUAUUAUCGUGUUUCCUCCCACGCAGGUUCGAGCAUUGGGUCUCAUAGGCUAUGUUCUGACAUCAUCCUUCUUAAUAAGAGAAAAUAUUCUCGCUGUGAUCACAAUUAACAUCCACGCUUCUCUCUCUUAUGUUUUCACGGCCAUGGGCCUGAACAUAAUGCCUUCGAUGAGCCUCAUUUAUAUGAUAUUUGGGACAGUGCUGUUACUUAACAGUGGAUUCUUUGUGUUGUUGCUGCAUCUGCUAUACUCGAUCUUCCUAACAAGACUAGGAAUGAAAUCUUCGUUGAGAUUACCAGCCUGGUUGGACAAAGCUAUAUGAUGGGAAUCAGGAUCUCUGCUCUGCUCCUAUUUUUUUGCAGCUCCAUUGGAGAAUCCAAACAUGCAUGGCUUGAGCAUUUCUGGUAGAGCAUAUAUGUAGUACUUAUAAAGUAGGUGUUUGUGUCUAUAUGCAUAUGUAUAAUGGUUAAAAAGGGUACAUGGACUUAGCUCACCCGUCCUCAUCAUUCAUCACCUAUGAUGAAACAAACAACAUUCAACCCAAUGUAAUGUCAAGUGGUUGCAUUAGAUUGUUCUCUUGGUCUAGCUCGUAGAACGAUUUUCAUGGGUUGUAUAUUGUUUUGUCAAUGCAAUUGCCACUUUGAAGACUCGGUUCCUUCAAUAGUACUUGAUUUGAAUUUGGGUGUUAUGAAAGUUGGUACAAUGACAUGUCCCAAUUUAGCAACUCUUAAUUUUUU